AUGGAGCAAGGAGAAGAACCACAGAAAACUAAGAGAUCGGGUCCUGUUAUUGCCGGGGCAGGUUAGUGAUAAAACACGAUCGGGUCCGGUUACUGCCGGGGCAGGUUAGUAAUAAAACUCGAUCGGGUCCGGUUACUGCCGGGGCAGGUUAGUGAUAAAACUCGAUCGGGUCCGGUUACUGCUGGGGCAGGUUAGUGAUAAAACACGAUCAGGUCUGCUUACUGCCGGGGCAGGUUAGUGAUAAAACACGAUCGGGUCCGGUUACUGCCGGGGCAGGUUAGUGAUAAAACACGAUCGGGUCCUGUUACUGCUGGGGCAGGUUAGUGAUAAAACACGAUCGGGUCCGGUUACUGCCGGGGCAGGUUAGUGAUAAAACACGAUCGGGCUUGGUUACUGCCGGGGCAGGUUAGUGAUAAAACAUGAUCGGGUCCGGUUACUGCCGGGGCAGGUUAGUGAUAAAACACGAUCGGGUCCGGUUACUGCCGGGGCAGGUUAGUGAUAAAACACGAUCGGGUCCGGUUACUGCCGGGGCAGGUUAGUGAUAAAAUACGAUCGGGUCCGGUUACUGCCGGGGCAGGUUAGUGAUAAAACACGAUCGGGUCCGUUAACUGCCGGAGCAGGUUAGUGAUAAAACACGAUCGGGUCCGGUUACUGCCGGGGCAGGUUAGUGAUAAAACUCGAUCGGGUCCGGUUACUGCCGGGGCAGGUUAGUGAUAAAACUCGAUCGGGUCCGGUUACUGCUGCGGCAGGUUAGUGAUAGAACACAUUCAGUGAGUAAUUUCCAGUGACCAUGGAAAGGCUUACACUUCCCUCUGAUUCUGACGGGUUUUGCAUCCAGGUUUGAUUGGUAAUACUAGCUCAUACCACAGAAAACAUUUGAGAGAUUAUUAUCAGAUUUUACCAAGUUCGUGACGUAAAGUCAUGAUUUUAUUGAGGACACGGAGACGAAUAUUAUGGUUUAUCUCUUUCUUUAUUCCUCAGCAGCAAAGAAAGGAUAUGAAGAUAUUGUACCCUCGAAGGGUUAACCAUCUAACACAUUUUCACCAAUGAGAGCAGUCCACAUUCCAUAUACUCACUCCCAUGUGACCCUAAACCACUCCUCUUUCUUGGUGAUGUCUGUAGCGGAGUGCUGGUCUCUCACAGAUUAUCUCUGCUGGUAAUCCAAAUAAGGCUCAGGAACAAGCAAUAAAACCCAAGAGUAUUAUAUCCACGGUUAGUAAAGCAAUCCAAAAGUAUCACAUUACGUUUCCCAAUGACUGGACGACACACAGCAUCAGGAGAAAAACUGAAGGUUUAUUCACACACUCAGCUUUUAAGCAAUUCUCCCAUGCAAGGGAGACACCCACAGUAAUUUUUACAGUAACCAAUAAAAUAGUUGCCUCCCACACAUCUCCUCCCCUCAGCAUGACACAUAAUCGACUUAAUCAGUGUACAUUAUUUCCCCAGUUCCUGGAUGUACCCCAAAUACAUAGGGUACACCCCUAAAUAUGGUAUCCCCUGAUAGCCCUGAUCUGGGAAUCACCCAGAUCGGACCAGGGGUUCGGGAGUUAUGGAGGAGUAAAGUUUUAACCGACCGCAUAGGCAACAGUAGCCGAAAACAGUCCCAUAAGUUUUGGCCUUGCGGUCGGUCUCUGUUUGUGGGUACAAACGGAUGAAAAUUCCAAAUGAAGUAGCUGUUGCUUGCUUUCAUGUGAAUCCCCUUGUUUGUAUGAGUCUUUCUACCGAAUGGCGGCUCGUUCGGUUGUUUCAGCACGAAGAUAUAGAGGUCUCAGCGGUGUUUGCUUAGUCGAGUGUCCAAUUUGGGUUCCAGACACUCGAAGACCAAACACUGCUGUUCAAGAGUUAAGAUGCCACCCAUAGCACAAAGUACUGAUUGCCAAUUAGGGGUUUGCAACAUUGAGAGGCGAACGGUAAUGAGAGGCACACUUUUCCCGGGGGGUGGUCUGAUUGUUCGUUAGUUUCACUCGUAUAAUAAACGUAGUGAUUUUACAAUGUGAACACAGAAUAAGCAAUACACGAAAGCAUAUUAAAACACACAAAUCUUGAGGACAGCCUUAAUGCAAUCCGCUACAAUGCGAAGCCAAAUGAUCAACAAAAACUGAAGAUAAGAAAAACUGAAUCAACACAACCAGACAGUUGAAAACAGAGAAACUGCUAUGUUCUCAUUGGGGUUAAUCCAGCUUCUAGUGGCUGUCUCCUUGACAGCUGCUAGAGACGCUGACGUUCAUAGGAAAGCAUUCCUAAGUAAUGCUUUCCUAUGGACUGAUUAAAUGCGCGCGGCUCUUGCCGCACAUGCGCAUUCAGCAGAUGACGUUGGAAGAGGGAGGAGAUUUCUCCAGCGCCGAGGGAGCCCAGCGCUGGAGAUAGGUAAGUGAUUGAUUAACCCCUUUCUCCCCCUUCAUCCCGGCGGGAGUGGGAACCUGAGGGUAGGGGGACCUAUUAACACUAUAGUGCCAGGAAAACAAGUUUAUUUAAGCAUAUCGCAGUUAACUAUUCUAUUCUGAUUUAAAUCAAUACCAUUAGUGAACCUUGAUGGGGGGGGGGGACGAGACGAAAAACAUACCUGUAUCAGGCAGGCUAAUAUUCGCCUCCAUUUCCUUUAUAAAAUCAUGACUUUACGUUAUGCAAUUAGUCAAAUUUGGUAAUUUUGUUAAUGGACACAGAAGCUCAUAUUAUGCUAGUUCAAAGCUUUGAAAUAACUAUAGAGGAGACCUGUUUUGUUGGACGAAAGUAGUAUUUUUUAAACAUCAAUUCACGAGACCAAUCAGCCGUUCGAAGAAGGUCUUCCAGUUUACAACCCAAAGUGAAAGCUUUGGAAGCCAUGGCACCUCUAGUAGAAUGUUCACCAUAAACUGAAGUAUCUAUGUUAGCUGAAGACAUAAUCCAUUUUACCCAGCGGGCUAACGUCACCGUAGAUACGGGAUGCUGGGGUAGUCUAAGAGCCAAGAACAACUCGUGGCGCGUCAGGUCCCUGAACGACUGAGUCUGUAUUUCAUAUUCCUGUAUACAGGCCACCGGGCAGAAGUUAACAUUGUGAGGAAACAAGGGAUAGAAGACCGAAGUAAUCAGUGAUUUUGUACGUCUGGAAAUAUUGAAAGAAGCACCGGUAGGAAUAAAGGAACGUGCGUCAAUAUCCAACGCUGAAACUGUUGCAUGAUAUCAAACACAAGAGCAAGGCCAAUUUUGCUGACUGCUGUUUGAACGUGAGUUCUACAUUCCUGGGCCAAGCUUCAAACAGUUUAAGAACCAGAUUCAUAUCCCAUUAUGAAGUGUAUCGAGGUAUAGGUGGACAUGCAAAUCUAAUGCCCCGACAUAUUGAUACAUCCUGACACCAGUAAGCCUUUCAUACUGGAGGUCGAUGCUUCAGAGACAGGGGUAGGGCCAGGAAACUGUUAUAUCCUUGUGGUUACUUUUCUAGAAAGUUGUCUCCUGCUGAGCGCGAUUACGAUAUUGGCAAUAGAGAAUUGUUGGCCAUUAUUCUAGCUCUCAAGGAGUGGCGACAUCUUUUUAAUGAUCACAAACACCUGGCUUACAUAGGAAAUGCCAAGCGAUUAUCUUCUAGACAAGCUAGGUGGUCUCUAUAUCUUUCUCGCUUUAAUUUUCUUAUAACUUAUAGACCAUGGUUCUAAAAAUGUCAAGGCCGAAGCCUUGUCCAGUCAGUUUGAUACUGAGGCUAUACUAGAGCAAGAAACAUCCCAUAUCAUUCCCAUAGAAUGUAUCAUUGCGUCCACUGUCCUUUCAUUGUCCUCUCCACUGCUUGGCUCCUUCAUGGAGGCUCAGUCUCAGACGCCCUGCGGUAAACCUCCGGACAAACUGUUCGUUCCAUUGGGGGAAAGGGUUAAUAUCAUAAGGUAUUUCACGACAAUGUAUCUGCUGGUCGCCCAGGUAUUAAUAAAUCCACUUCUGCUAUCAUGAGGUCAUUCUGGUGGAAUUCCCUCAGGAAGGAUGUUAGACGAGAAAUUGUCCAUCUGCAUGGCAUUCCUCACAAUAUAGUAUCAGAUAGAGGUUCUCUGUUUGUGUCCCGAUUUUGGAGGGCCUUCAAUAAACAAUUAGGCAUUGAAUUGUCUUUCUCAUCCUCUUACCACCCCUAGACCAAUGGUACAGCUGAGAGGGCUAACCAGUUCUUGGAAUUAUAUUUGCGUUGUUUCGUUACUAGCACUCAAGACAAUUGGUCUGAAUUAUUACCAUGGGCCGAGUUUGCUAGGAACAAUGCUGACCGUGACUCCUCUGGGCAUAGUCCAUUUUUUUUGUUAAUAAUGGCCGGCAUCCUACUGUCCUACCGGCUGUUUUUUAUGAUACAGCUAUACUUGCUUUGGAUGACUGUCUGGCUUCCAUCCGUAAUACCUGGGUUAAAGUUCAAUCUGCUCUGGGUACUGCUGCUGAUCGUUUCAAGCAUUAUGCUGAUACACGUCGAGGUGCCAACCCUGUUUACCAAGUGGGUGAGAGGGUUUGGUUAUCUUGUCGAAACAUCAGGCUCAAAGUCCCUAGCAUGAAAUUUGUUUCUAGGUUCCUUGGACCUUUUUGUGUCCUUCGUAGGCUCAAUCCUGUUGCGUACUCUCUGGCCCUUCCUCCCUACUUGAAAAUGCCUAAUACGUUUCAUGUGUCCUUACUCAAACCUCUUGUUUGCAUUAAAUAUACUGUCUCAAGUGUCCCUCCUCCUCAGUUGUUUCUGGACAGGAAGAGUAUGAGGUCUCCUCCAUAAUUGAUUCCAGGUUUUCUCGGGGCACUUUAUGGUACUUGGUGGAUUGGAAACGUAAUGGACCAGGCAAUCGUUCUUGGGUUCCGGCAUCUGAUAUACAUGCUGGUUGCAAGAUUCGCUAUUUUCACGCCAAGUUUCUUCUCAAGCCUGGUCCUGCCCGCCCGGUGGGUGUUCUUCAGGUGGGGGGGUAAUGCCACGUAUUCAUCCGCACAUAAAAGUGGGAUUAAUGGCAUUUACUGUCCUGACAGGAAAAGUUGUGCCGAGCAGCAAUCAGUCCACAUGAGUAUUUGCGCUGAGUAGCAAUCAUGCAAAUGGGAACCUGGUAACUGCCUUUGGGGUCAAAGGCUGGUUACAACCAAUCAGAUCCACAGGCGAGGUAUUUAGGCCCAGUCCUCCUCUUGCUCAGUGCCCUGUCGUGGUUUCCCUUGUGGUUGUCCACAAGCGCGUUAUUGAUUCUGGUUAUUUGAUUUUGGCAUUGAUUUUGACUUCCCUUUUUUCUGGCAUCCCUGACCCUUGGCUUCUCCUUAUCGUUGUGUCUCUUUCUGUAUCCCUUGACCUCGGCUAUUCCUGACUAUUCUUUGGUACGUUAGUCUGGCCAUUCUAAGGUCCGGUAUACGUUACCUAUCAGUCCUCUGUGUUACACAAUUUGACGUGCUGGAUCAUACUGUAAUCCUGACAGUAUGUUGUGUUUUGGGGUGUUUUCUGUACUUUUGGGGAAAAUGUGUGUUUUUCUGCCAGUGGAUAAUUGGGUUAUUGUAUUAUCUACAUUCAUUAUAUCACAGGCAGAGGGGAGGGAUUGUGUGCUGUAUGUGGGUGUGUCAGACAUUGUUAUAUUUGUUCUUAUUGGUCUGUACAGUUUGUAAUGCGGUGUUCCAUCAGGUCCAGGAGGUGUGCCUCUGGCCUGAGGAAUUGUAUAAAGUCUAACCUGAACCAUUAAAGCUCAGAUCAUCUUGCAUCUUCAUGGCUCAUGUUUGGGGGAUUGAAGAACUGCACUCUGGGGGUUUGCCAUAAUCGCUAUACUCCCCUGAGUAUUAUCACUAAACUCUUAUAAGAGCUGUUCCUGUUCCUGCUCUCUGGACUAAGAGAGGUCUACCCACUGGGAGCUGGAUCCUGGUCUUGGAUCCAGGGUGGGUGGAGGACAGCGAGACUCCAACCAAGUUGCGGAGGUUUGUGGGGUCUACAGUACUUAUGGUGUCUGGUGGAGUGCUUGGAGCCCUCGGAAAGCACUAGGAGCAUCGAUUUGAUGGAGGUACCCGGUCGGGGUGCAGGCGGUCCGUCAGACACAGGGGUUCCCCCAGCUGGUCCAGGAUAGCAGAGUCGUCCGAAACUUCCUUGGCACUAAUUACCGGUUUUGCAGACAAGCUGCGAACAGGAGAUGAAUUCUCUGAGUCAAUAGAGCUGAUCACAUUGGACUCCUCAGAAUCCAAACCAGAAUCGAAGAACCAGCCAGUUAUCCAUGUCUGCACCACUUUUGCCCGGUGUGUGGCUCUUACGUGUACAAUUUUGGAGGUAUAUUGCCCAAAUCAGUGGCGUACACAUGACCCACGGGGCCCCGGUGCAAAAAUUGAUCCGUGGGCCCACCCGCGCGCUUACUCGGCGCGGGUCGGGGUCGCAACACAUGGUGGCGGGCACCUGGUCGCAGGGGUUGCAGGGCUGCGACCCCGCGACCGCGGUAUGCACACACACUUAAAGGACCACUACAGACACCCAGAUCACAUCAGCUCAAUGAAGUGGUCUGGGUGCCAGGUCCCUCUAGUUUUAACCCUGCAGCUGAAAACAUAGCAGUUUCAGAGAAACGGCUAUGUUUCACUGAGGGUUAAUCCAGCCUCUGGUGGCUGUCUCAUUGACAGCUGCUAGAGGAGCUUCCAUGAUUCUCACUGUGAAAAUCACAGUGAGAAGACACUGAACGUCCAUAGGAAAGCAUUGAGUAAUGCUUUCCUAUGGGCGGUUUAAAUGCGCGCGCUCCUCUUGCCGCGCAUGUGCAUUUCGGAGCUGAGUGGCGGACACUGGGGAGUCCGACGCUGGAGAAAGGUAAAUGCUGAAGACACACACACACACUCUCACGAACAGACGCAUACACACUAGCUAACAGACACACACAUUUACUGACAGAGACACUCAGCGACAGACAUACAUACACACACUUACAAAACAUACACUUUCACUGACAAACACACACUCACUAACAGACAUCAAACACACUCAGUAACAGACACACACAGUAACACACUCACUAGCAGACACACACCCAAUAACAGACACAUUCACUGACACACACACUAACACACACAUACACUAACACACACACAUGGGGUCCAGUGGUGGUGCUGGGCUCCUGGUCACUGGGUGGGCGGGCUGCCUGCCUGGCCGGCCGGCGCGCGAGGGAGCACUUUCCCCUGUGUGCUCCCUCGCGCGCCGCGUAGGGAUGCCGGAGACGGAAGAUGACGUCAUCUUCCGGCUCCGGUAUCAGUGCGGUGCGCGAGGGAGCUGAAGAGGAAGCACUGAGUGCUCCCUCGCGCGCCCGCCUGCCCGACCGGCCACCUGCCCGCUGGGGUCAGCAGGGCCAGCCUCGGGGGGCCCUGAGGUGGCCGCCUCCUGGGCCCCCCAGGGGAAGAGGCUGGCCCUGUGGGUACAUACCGGGUCGCAGGGGCGGCCGGGCCCCCUGGUGGGCCGGGCCCGGUCGCAGCCGCGACCCCUGCGACCCUGGUAUGUACGCUACUGGCCCAAAUAGUCGGUCUUUUUUGUAUUCUUACAGCCCCUAGGGACCACCGGUUUAUCAUCAGAGGCCUUAGGGAUUGUCAAGCCAGAAGCGUGGCUAGAUGCCAUGAUCGCAUUCGUAAUGGAGUGGGACAAAUUGUGCGACAUAGCAGUGUAGAUGGUCUGGGCGACUGAUUUGGUGUCCGGAUUACAGAAUGAUCCAGCACGUAGAAUUGUGUAACACAGAGGACUGUUAGGUAACGUAUACCGGACCUUAGAAUGGCCAAACUAACGUACCAAAGAAUACUCAGGAAUAGCCGAGGUCAAGGGAUACAGAAAGAGACACAACAGUAAGGAAAAGCCAGGAGUCAGGGAUGCCAGAAAACAGGGAAGUCAAAAACAAUGCCAAAGUCAAAUAACCAGAAUAACCCAAAUCAACAACGCACUCUCGGACAACCACAAGGGAAACCACGACGGGGCACUGAGCAGGAUGAGAACUGGGCCUAAAUACCCCUCCUCUAGAUCUGAUAGGCUGUAACCGGCCUUUGAAUCACAUUUGUAUAAGCGGAUGAAUACGUGACAUUUGGUCAUUUUAGCGUCCAGGAGCAAGUGGAACUCCUCAGAGUUCAUCUGCUUAAGUGACGCUUCAUCCUCCCCAGACUGGGUAGGGUGUGUAGAUGGAACAGGGGGCAGGCGUUGCCUACUGGCAUGAACAGAGGCAUUAGGACUAUUUGUGAAGGGAUGCCCCUUCACCAUUCAGCUAUUUGCAUUAAUUUCUACUAUCCAAUCCAAGUUAAUUCGUUAUUUCACUGGUCCAUUCGUUAUGUUGUUCAGUUCCCGAACCGAGACCACCCAGAGACUAAUUAGAACUUAGAACACUGUGUAUCUUGUAUGAAAACCGCAGACUAAUUGAGUGCUUCCGAAUGCUGCCUGCAGCACUUUAUCUCGCUGGCUCAGAGGAGCAGUUUAUGUACUGUAUAAAUUGAAUGCCUGUUUUUCCAUUAAACCAGUCUUGUCCCAGCAUUAAGCUUUGUCUCAUGUGUGGGUUAUUAUGCGACACCAGCAUAUUGGAACCUGUGGAUUAUUGGCGUAUUAUUCUUACGGGAAAAGGGUAUGCAAGAUGGGGAUAUCGUCACUGACCGUCACAGUAUUAACCUCCACAUUAGAAGGGGCCUGCAUGGUGACAGAGUAUUGUGAAAAUAGUAACUCUCCACACUAGGGAUGAAUUUGGGUAAUAUCCUGUCACAGAAAGAAGGGAAGGGGCUGAGAGCAGGGGAGCUGUUACAGACAGUGUUCAAAGGGCAGAGCACAUUACAGCACAAUGCACAAAAAUACUAUAGUAGACUAGCUUACCGAGUGUUCCCUCAGGAAUAGCUUCUGGAGAGCACUGUUAAGCUGCUCAACCACACAGGCAGCCAAUCAACUCACGCAAAACAGAGGGCCCUGCUCCUAGACAGCAAUGGAAAUGAAAUAUGUAUGAAAAAGAACAAAACUAUUAACUAGGCAGUGAAACCAAUAAAUGUUAGCCAAAACACAGAAACAGUGACAGCAAAAAAAAAUGGUACUUAGCUAAGGCAGCAGCAAAGAAAAAGGAGUGGCUUAGGGUCACAUAGGAGCAUAUGGAAUGUGGACUGUUCUGAUUGGCUAAAUGUGUUAUAUGGUUAACCCAUUGAGGGUACUUGGUUUUUUUUUUCUAUCAGUAUCUUGAUAUCCGUUCUUUGCUGCUGAAGAACAAAGAAAGAGACAAAGCAUAAUAUGAGCCUCCAUGUCCUAUUAGUAGAAUUCCAGCCUUCUUCCAUGACGUGUGUUGGGAAGAUCCUUUACUAUAUCAAAACGUUCCUAAAUGGUUUGAUGUUACAACAGAAGCACGAGGACCGGUGAUCUUUGUAGACCAGUGAUCUUCCUAGACCGGUGACAUCUGUAGACCAGUGAUUUUCCUAGACCGGUGAUCUAUGUAGAGCAGUCAUCUUCCGAGACCAGUGACCUCUCUAGACCGGUGACCUCUCUAGACCGGUGACCUCUCUAGACCAGUGAUCUUUGUAGACCAGUAAUCUUCCUAGACCAGUGAUCUUCCUAGACCGGUGACCUCUCUAGACCAGUGAUCUCUCUCAGGUCAAGGCACACAUUCAGGAGAUAAACUUUUCCAAGGCUUACUUUUUAUUAUGUUUAAUCUUUAUUAGAAGCUCAUAAAUGUUACUUUGACUUGAAGCCUUACUAGGGUGAUUUGUAUACUUCUGGACAAAUUUACUUACUAGUUUUACUUGGCAGCUGAAAAUCACAAUGCUGAUUUAAAAAAAAUAUAGAACUGCUUUUAACAUUUACACUUCUGAAAUGAGGAUCUUUAUGGCACACUUUGAGUUGGCUUAAGGCAUCGGGGGGUACCACAGAACUCUGGUUGAAAACCACUGCUCUACUACAAUACUGAGCAGUAAUGAUUAUGUUGCUUAACAAGUAUUUCCUUUUCAUAUUUUUUAGCUAUUGAUUUAAUUCCUGGUACUUUUUUAUAGAUUGCUCAAUAAAAAGUCCUUCUGAUCAAUGUUGCCAGGAUGGAAGUGCACCAACCAAGAGAAGAAAGACCCAGGGAUCCAAUUCAAAUGAAAAAAGUAAAUUCCUCAGAAUCCUAUGUGUCUCCAAAUCCGACAGAAUACAGAGCGGCAAAACCUUUUAAUGUUCUGAGUGUGAAAACCUCUCACACGUGCUUUCUGGGACUUCAUGGCUCCAUCAAUAGUUUGGCUGGCUAGGUUACCUACAUACAUGUGCCAGUACACACGCUCACAGGUCUAAGUUACUUAAACCAAUAGUUGUGACACAGUUACUUAGAUAUUUAAAAUCAUUUCAGGAUUAUUUUUUUUCAUUUUGUGAAUGCCAAUUUAACAAGUGUCACUAACUAAAAGAUGAUGAGCAAAGGGAUGGAUUCUCUGCUGAACUAGAGUCUAGUCCAAUAGGCAAGCAAAUUAAUAUUUUAUAGCCUUUGAUUUCAUUUAUUUCCUGGUACAUUUCUUUCAGAUUGCUCCACAAACAGCAGACCUUCUGAAGAAUGUUGCAAGGAUAUGAAUGCAUCAAGAGAGACUACAAUGUCCAAGGACUUUAGUACAGGUAAUAAAAAGUUUACUUCUCAGAAUUCUAUGUUUCUCCAAAUAAGACGGAAUACAGAAGAAUACAAUCUUUGCAUGUUCUGAAUGUGUAUACCUUACGUAGGGGCCUGCAGUAAAACGUCCUAGCCAGUUUGGCAGUCUGUCCUGGGAUUAGAUGUUGUAGGGUAUGUCUGGCUUAGCUGCCUGGUUACCUUUAGGUUUAUUUUGUGAAAUGUUACCAUCUAUGGUUUUUUUGGUUCAAUAAAAACCUUGUUUGAAAUUAUUGGUAAAACGCUGAGGGUUUCUGCUUUCAUCUCCAUGUGGGAUUAAGAACAGGGUCUCGCCUUAUCUAGUACCCGAGUUUCAAAUAAGUACCAAGUGAUUUGCUAUUACCUUUCAAGAGACUGACAUUGGGCAAUACCAUUUCUAGGUGCAUCCUGAGGUUUGUGUUACAAUGUUUGGGAGGCAAGAUGGAGAAGAAUAGUCUGCUAAUAUGUUAUACAUUCUACAUCCACAGAAUUAGCGAUUCAAUUUUAAUAUCUCUACUCAGACACCAGUCUUCUAGUCCAUCCUUUUGUUGUGGAGUAGGCACUCUGCAGUUGCUGUAGCUUGGGAUCCAUAUCCGUGAAAUUGUUAUGGACAGUCACUGUCUUUCUCCACUGCUUUGACUCUACUGCUUACUGUGUGAAUUUUUUCUAGAAUACUCUACAAGGGGAUGUGAUUGUUUGUGUGCAGGUGAUUGAAAAGGGAAGCGGCUAUAAAGAUUUUCUUCCCUUAAGCUGCCCCUCCUUGGCACUGCCAUCUUCUCACUGGCAUGACAUCAUCUACAAAGAGCCAUCAUCACUAUUGUACUCUUGCACAAGUACAAACAAAAUCUAUAGAGGAUCUUGCAAGACUACAGGCUCUUCUCUAGCUAAUAUCAUGGAUGUGCAAUAAUGUAUCAUAGGCAUUUGUUGUACAUCACACAAGUUACUCUACAAUCUGUUCCCAUUCGCUGCUGCAACUGACCGCUAAUGAUAAAUAGUGUAAACUCUACCUUUUGCCAAAGUCUGGCAGUUAUAUAAGGCAUAGUAAUCUCUACUUUGUACUGUCUAUAUGUUUCGAUUGAGUUGGAAUUUCAAUAUAAUUCCAGCAGAGUCUGAAAGCCUUUCACAAACAUUCUGUCUUGAUGAAAAGAACUUCCAUUUCAAUACUAAGCAAUUGAUGAAUAUCCUCCAUAAGAUCCAGGAUCCAUGAUAUCACCCAUCCUUGGUGACCAGAGUCUUUUGAUUUGGUACAGUUGAAGUUGUGGAUUAUCUCUGUAACUGGCAUUCAAUCCAUUCUCCAAGGGAGGAGACAACGCAUUAGACGCUGCCACUAUUUUUGGACUCAGACUGCCAUUCAGUAUUCCUUAUUCCAAAAGAUACAGCACCAUCUAUUGGUUAAAGCCUGGUUAUCUACAUUGGCAAUUAUUUAUACAUUUUGUGAAAUUCAUGAUUUUAUAGUAUAUAUAUUCCUUUGUUCUAUUAUAUGCUUAUGUAUUAUGCACAAUUUUGAAUCUAUCACAAUAAGUUACUUGGAGUGUUGUUAAAAGGUAAACCCAGUUCAAAAAUAAAUAAUCCAAUUAGUUCCUUUUGGAACAUUGUCCAAAUAUGGUCCUUUUCAGGAGCCCAAAGUCUAAUGGCCUGUCUUCUGGCUGCACUGCUCUCUGGUAUUUGGGAUUGGCUAAAGAGUCCUAAGAUUUGUGGGCAAAAGAGCUAGGCAUCAUAGCCAAAAAGUGUCUUUAUGAAGACGGUGACAGACAGAGAGGGAUCGAUUCCUGCCUGAGAAGACCGAGCUGCGUUGGGGCUGAUUCCUGUCUGAAAUAUGGUUGGGGUUCCCGGUGCCAGAGGAGAAGAGAUGGACAGCGUAGAAGAAUAUGUCUAGAUCCCAUGUCGGGGACCAGUCACCCUGUUACAAUGCCAGAUUAGUGUUCUCAAUUUGAGAUGGAUUUUUGGCAGAAACACUCAAAACCAUUACUUGAAAAGCAAUUAUAGGAGCACUAUAAGAUCAGGAACACAAACUUUUAUUCCUGACCCUAUAGUGUUAAAACUACUAUCCCGCUCCCCUUUACUCCCCUAAUUAUAGUAAAUGUAAAUUUAUUUGUCUGCUGCAGCUGGCUCUGCCCCGAUCUGCCUGCCUGGCUGACUUCAUCAGAAGUGAUUCUGUAAGCCAAUCAGAAUGCUUCCCCAUAGGAUUGUCUGAGACUAUCAAGGAGGCAGAGGCAGCACAAGUAAAACACCACCCUGGCCAAUCACAGUGCUUCCCCAUAGGAUUAGCUGAGACUGACAAGGAGGCAGAUCAGGGGCAGAGCCAGCACAAUUCAAACACAGCCCUGGCCAAUCAGCAUCUCCUCAUAGAGAUACAUUAAUUCAAUCAAUCUCUAUGAGGAAAGUUCAGUGUCUGCAUGCAGAGGGAGGAGAUACUGAAUUUAUUGAUGCAUUUUAGGCAGCCAUGACCCAGGAAGGAUCUCUAACAACCAUCUGAGAAGUGGCCAGUGAAGUUAUCACUAGGCUGUAAUGUAAACACUGCAUUUUCUCUGAAAAGACAGUGUUUACAGCAAAAAGCCUGAAGGGAAUGAUUCUACUCCCCAGAACAAAAUUAAUACGCUGUAGUUGUUCUGGUGACUAUAGUGUCCCUUUAAUGUUUUUGGGGGUUUGUUUUACCAGUUGACUUCUUUUAAUUCUCUGUACAUUUCUUUCAGAUUUAUCCAUAAAAAUAAAUAUUUCUACAGGGAGUGCAGAAUUAUUAGGCAAAUGAGUAUUUUGACCACAUCAUCCUCUUUAUGCAUGUUGUCUUACUCCAAGCUGUAUAGGCUCGAAAGCCUACUACCAAUUAAGCAUAUUAGGUGAUGUGCAUCUCUGUAAUGAGAAGGGGUGUGGUCUAAUGACAUCAACACCCUAUAUCAGGUGUGCAUAAUUAUUAGGCAACUUCCUUUCCUUUGGCAAAAUGGGUCAAAAGAAGGACUUGACAGGCUCAGAAAAGUCAAAAAUAGUGAGAUAUCUUGCAGAGGGAUGCAGCACUCUUAAAAUUGCAAAGCUUCUGAAGCGUGAUCAUCGAACAAUCAAGCGUUUCAUUCAAAAUAGUCAACAGGGUCGCAAGAAGCGUGUGGAAAAACCAAGGCGCAAAAUAACUGCCCAUGAACUGAGAAAAGUCAAGCGUGCAGCUGCCACGAUGCCACUUGCCACCAGUUUGGCCAUAUUUCAGAGCUGCAACAUCACUGGAGUGCCCAAAAGCACAAGGUGUGCAAUACUCAGAGACAUGGCCAAGGUAAGAAAGGCUGAAAGACGACCACCACUGAACAAGACACACAAGCUGAAACGUCAAGACUGGGCCAAGAAAUAUCUCAAGACUGAUUUUUCUAAGGUUUUAUGGACUGAUGAAAUGAGAGUGAGUCUUGAUGGGCCAGAUGGAUGGGCCCGUGGCUGGAUUGGUAAAGGGCAGAGAGCUCCAGUCCGACUCAGACGCCAGCAAGGUGGAGGUGGAGUACUGGUUUGGGCUGGUAUCAUCAAAGAUGAGCUUGUGGGGCCUUUUCGGGUUGAGGAUGGAGUCAAGCUCAACUCCCAGUCCUACUGCCAGUUCCUGGAAGACACCUUCUUCAAGCAGUGGUACAGGAAGAAGUCUGCAUCCUUCAAGAAAAACAUGAUUUUCAUGCAGGACAAUGCUCCAUCACACGCGUCCAAGUACUCCACAGCGUGGCUGGCAAGAAAGGGUAUAAAAGAAGAAAAUCUAAUGACAUGGCCUCCUUGUUCACCUGAUCUGAACCCCAUUGAGAACCUGUGGCCAUCAUCAAAUGUGAGAUUUACAAGGAGGGAAAGCAAUACACCUCUCUGAACAGUGUCUGGGAGGCUGUGGUUGCUGCUGCACGCAAUGUUGAUGGUGAACAGAUCAAAACACUGACAGAAUCCAUGGAUGGCAGGCUUUUGAGUGUCCUUGCAAAGAAAGGUGGCUAUAUUGGUCACUGAUUUGUUUUUGUUUUGUUUUUGAAUGUCAGAAAUGUAUAUUUGUGAAUGUUGAGAUGUUAUAUUGGUUUCACUGGUAAUAAUAAAUAAUUGAAAUGGGUAUAUAUUUGAUUUUUGUUAAGUUGCCUAAUAAUUAUGCACAGUAAUAGUCACCUGCACACACAGAUAUCCCCCUAACAUAGCUAAAACUAAAAACAAACUAAAACUACUUCCAAAAAUAUUCAGCUUUGAUAUUAAUGAGUUUUUUGGGUUCAUUGAGAACAUGGUUGUUGUUCAAUAAUAAAAUUAAUCCUCAAAAAUACAACUUGCCUAAUAAUUCUGCACUCCCUGUAAAGAAUGUUGCAAGGGUCGAAAUGCACCAGUGGAGGAUAUGAAUACCACAUACUCUAUUUUAAGUUAAAAAAAAAAAUAAUUUCUCCGAAUAAUUAAUCCGAAUACAGUGCAGCAUAGCCUUUUCAUGUUUAAAAUAUAAAAACUUUAUGUAAGGGGGGCAGCAGGUGAUGCCCCUAAAUUAAAGGAACAGUUCGAGCACCAUAACAACUAGCUUGUGCUAGUCGCCACCACUUCUGCAGUCCAGGCGUUCCCAGAGCUAGGCCUGCAGGGUUUAGAUCGUUUACGAAGAAUUCUAGCCCUGUGGGGCUUAGCUCAUUAGAGCUAACAGAAGCUCCUUCUGGGAGUAUUAAUCCAGAUUGAAACCAGCAGGACAUAAUACGUUUGGACACCUAGUUAACUAUGCUAGUACUCACAAUCACAAGUUUAUGUUAAAAGGACACUGUAGGCACCACAAUCACUUUCACUCAUUGAAGUGGUUAUGGUAUAUGAAGUUCCCCAUUGCUGUCUCACAGUUCAGGAUCUCAAUCAGUUUGAUGUCUAAGAAGGCCAUCCCCCCAUUGAAUACCAGUUCAAGCCAGUGGUGGGCAGUAAUGACAGGACACUCAGCUGACAUUCUCAGCCUUGCCCAGCUGCUUACAAGUGGUUAUGGUUCCUAGAGUGUCCCUGUAAUAAAACCUAUUUUUGUGAGACGGAAACUUUAGAUUUUUUUCUUGUAUGUUGAAUUAAAGGAGCAUUCUAAGCAGUCCAACCCUUCCAGCUCACUAUUGUGGAAAUAUCAGUGCCUUAGAUCUGGGACACUCCACCUUGACAGCAAGUGUUCCUGGCGACACAACUAAUGAUCUAUAUCUGCCUACCUCACAUACUCAUAGAUUGUAAGCCUUUUCCACGUUCUAUAAUUGUAAAGCACUGCGGAAUAUGUAGGUUGCAUAUAAAUAAGAUUAAUAAUUUCAUGUAAACACGGGAUUGAAUGAAUAAUACAGACUUAACAUUAUAAAUGACAAUCUUGUCCAUCUCCCACAACAUUGAUUAGGUGAAAGUGAAAGUAGGAUAGUCCAGCGCGUUCAACCAAUCAAUACUGCGACAGAGCUCCCUGUACCCCGGCUGGGUACCUUCGCCAUGGGUCUUCUUCCUAGCUGUGGCUGAAUAGGGGAACUAGCUCUGUUCGCUCCCAGGGGCUGGACGGCACACGGUCCUGGGAGCUGUAGUCCUGGGCAGGAGGGGGGCAUGGGUUACAGAUAACCAUCUCCCUCUCUGGGAGAUACCAACAGGACACAGUUACAUACAUUAAAACGUAUUACACACAGGGGGGAAGCUUAGGCAUUUGCGGGAAGGGGUUACACAUGUAAAACAUAUAUCACUAGAUAGCCCCAGGUCCCAACUAGGAUCCCUGCAAAUAGCUGGGUAAUCGGAUGUACAGAGCUCGAGAAACCAUCGUACAAAGUCAGGGCUUGAGGCUCUGUAAAUCCCCGAAAAUUAGUUACACAGCGUUGCUUGGUUUAGUCCGGUUAAUUCAAACUUCGCGCAUAAACCAAGCAAUAGCCAAUCCGAAAAAGGGGCGCGAACCAAAUCGCGCCUAUCAGCGCUCAGGGAGAAGAGGGGUUUUGCCGCCCAAUCAGGAGAAAGGGCGCAAACCCAGUUUGAAUGGGAGCUCCUUUUCUGAUUGGUCGGCACGGACCUCCAGGCGACCAGUGGGACUCUGCGGCUGUGAAGCCGACUUACAGCUCCCGGGUUUGCGCUGGGGCUCGCGUCUCUCUCCAGUGGCUACCUCCACUUAGGUAGCCCUGGGGAGAUCGCUCUCUGGGCAGCUACAAGUCUGGCCUCUUAGCUCCCGGGUAGGUGGAGCAGUGAUUAUAGCUCCGUUAGGAUCAGGUAGGUCGAUUAGAACUGCCAGUACCCAACAGGGUCCCCACCAACCUCAGGGGACCCGUUCAGGGAAGCAUUCGCCUAUACGAAAUGGCGGCCACCCAGGGAAGCACUCAUUAAUUACUUACCUAGCGGUUUAACAACUAUGUUGCAGAUGCGAAUGUUCUGAUUGACUGGUGUGAACAUUCCUGGGGUUUCCGGGGUGGUCCACGUUCGGGAGACAAAUGGGUUCCAUUCGCAUGAGCAUUGCUGAACUGUCAACGGAGCAUUUUACACAAAAUCCAUAAAAAUACAUGGGGAAAUGUACAAUACACAUGGAAAAAUACACGAAUAAGCAGUAGGCAUGGUACUCGGUGACGGCGGUCCAUCACAAAUACCUCCUAGGUUAAUGAGGAAGUGUUAAUUGUGGCCGGCAUGGGACAGACGGUCCCUGGUUGUUUAGGAACGGAUUACGGAUUUAUAAAAAUAAUUGAACGGUUUCAUGUUAACACUGUUAUUUUGCAUUCCUGCAUUCCACCUAUUAGAACUAUAAAGGCAUUGAGCGCAUGGCACACGUUAGGACGGCCUGAGGCACCCCAGUGUGCACCUGCUCUAGGCAACAAUAAAGUACCACUAUAGGCACCCAGACCACUUCAGCUCAAUGAAGCGGUCUGGGUGCCAGGUCCCUCUAGUUUUAAUUCUGCAGCUGUAGACAUGUUUUACUGAGGGUUACCCAGCCUCUAGUGGCUGUCUCACUGACAGCCGCUUGAGGCGCUUCCGCGAUUCUCACUGUGAAAAUCAGUGAGAAGACGCUGCACGUCCAUAGGAAAGCAUUGCGUGCGCGUAGCUCUUGCCAUGCAUGCGCAUUUGGAGCUGACGUCGGCAGAGGGAGGAGAGUUCCUCAGCAAAGAGGGAGCCCAGCGCUGGAGAAAGGUAAGUGGCUGAAGGAGUUUUAACCCCUUCAGCCCAGCGGGAGGGGGGCCAUGAGGGUGGGGGGGGGGGGCCUACUGACCUUAUAGUGCCAGGAAAACGAGUUUGUAUAGUGGUGCUUUAACAUUCCAGGGUGCAGCCAUGAUUAUGUUACUUAGUGUCAUUUUUUUCCUGGUAUAUUUCUUAAAGAUUGCUCUGUAAACACCAAUCCUUCUAAAGAAUGUUGCAAGGAUGGAAGGGCCCCAACCAAGAAAAGAACGACCAAAGACUCUAAAUCAGGUUAAAAAAAAAACAAAUUCCUCAGAGUACUCUGUGUCUCCAGGUCAGACAGAAUACAGCAAAACACAGCUUUUUAUGUUCUGAAUGUGAAAACAUUAUCUGUGACACCCUCUGUUUUAAACCUCCUAGCCUGUCUGACAGUUUAAGGUAUUAUCUUAAAGGGACAUGCAUCACUUUGAGACAGUUGUCUCAUCCAAAAGCUUUAACUUGGAAUUAUUAUUAUUUUUUUUCAUAUUUACCUGCUUCUUUCUUAUGCUCUCCACACCCACCUCAUGGGGGACUGAGAGUCUUGUCAAACAAUGCAAUCUGAACACGUUUACUACAUACUUCUCAACGUUUUUCUAGCUUUUUUUUUGGUUUGUAUAUUUGUUUAAAAGAGUUUGCUUGCUGGUUUAAAAAAUAAAUCAUAAUUGUCAAGUAAUGCAUGUUGUAACGAACGCCCCUUUUCCUGGACGUUAGCCAUUGGCUCCUGGAGGAGUGUGGAAGCUGGCCUCCUGCCCACCAACUAUGGGCCAGGUCAGUGACUGCCCACCAACUGCGGUCCUCCUGGUUCGGCACUUUCCAUUGGUGCGCAAAGAACCGAACGCUAGCUCCCUGGCGGCCAUUUGCAUAUACCAAAACCGCAAAAAGACUUCAGGGAGACUUAGCCACAAAUGUCCUGGAACUAUUUUCGGCAUGAAGACUUCGCAGUUCCCGGUCAGUCCCCAGCGGUACUUAGCCGCUAUUCUAUGGAACUAUUAUCGGCUAGGGGACCGUGCGAUUACCGGUUAACUUGGUUCUGCAUUUUGCACCACUUAAAAAAAAAAAAAGAGCACUUUUUGGAGGGAAUGUGCCUGAGACUAUGGGGAACAAACGCUGCUUGCGAUCCAGGCGGAACACCCUGUAGUUCGUCCGCCAGAGCCCCGGAAAGUUAACCGGCAAAAGCAACCAAUGCUCUGGAACUGUUUUGGGCAUAGGACCAUGUGUGCAGCCUGUCAGAACUUGAACACGGUGUCUAUUGCCCUGUACUGCAUGCAUCAAUUUGCACAACUUGGGCGCUCAGAUCAGGGGUGAUUGAGGAUGUAUAAUGUGUGCGGUUAUUUUCUAUUUUUAUUAUGUUUUUGGGUGUUUUAUGAUUUUGUGUAUAUUUUCCUGUAACUGAGAGCUAAUCGAAUUAAUGUCCUUUAGCCUCCAUUAUCUCCCAGCUACAGGAAUUAAGGGGAGGAGUAUACGUAUGAACCUGAAGGGAGACUGUGUAUUGUGGGUGUGUUCUACAUAAUGUAAUUAUUGCUGUGCAUUGUGGAUAAAAGGAGGCCACUUGGAUUAAACACGUCUGUUUUACCGCUUCAUGAAGUCUAGGCUCAUGUUUGGGAGAUUGGAGAGCUCUAAUCACUGCAGCACUACUAACGGAUAUACUCAGCCGCAGUAUAGGGGAUCCGUUACACAUGUCCCUUUAACAUUAUGUAACAUUACCAUCACAGUGAGCUGGGGAGGCUAUAUUGCUUAGCGCACCCCUUUGAAAUUUGCAAAUAUUGAUUUCAUUUUUAAUUCGCAGUGCAUUCUUUCAGAUUGCUCCAUAAACAAAGGUCUUGAAGAAUGCGGCAAGGAUGGAAACAAACCAAUUGAGAAAACAAAGAAACAGGACUCUAGUUCAAGUGAAAAAAGUAAAUUCCUCAGAAUUCUGUAUGUCUCCAAAUCCGAAUAUAGGAGUGAAACAUUGUCAUGUUCUGAAUGUGAAGACAUCCCCUAGGGGGCUUCAGUUUAAUUCUCUUACAUUUCUAACCAGGUUGGCAGUCUGUAAUCGGAGUAGUAGUUAUAUGGAUCCAGAUCUGUGCUGGCCGGUUUUAGCUGAUUCGGGUAUCUUUUUACCAGUACACACAGUUACAGUUUUACGUUGAUUAAUGUUUAAUAGUUGUGAUCUGGGUGGGAUUCCUGUGUGUUGCACUUUUUAAGUAGUCUGUAUUUGGUCUAAACUGAAAGGUGAAAACCAAAAAUCCUGUUUGAAUUAUUGACUGAAAUAGUCUAUCCCUCUAUUUGAUAAGCAAAUUAUAUUUCCUUUCCAACCCUAGCAGUAUCAUAAAUUGGCCACGUCCCACCUCCCAGCUUUCAGGACGGUAUAAAGAAUGAGAUGAAGUGGUCUAGGUGCUUUCUGUGUCCCAUUAAGCAGCCCAGGUCAGAAUUCGGGGCUGCCAAGUCACAUAUGCUUGGGGUGCAACCUGCCCUCGGCAAAUAAUGAAAAACAUCUCUGGAUGUGCAGUGCUUCAAGCAGAAACACUGCACCUUCAGACAAAAAGUACAAGUGGUCAUGGUGGUUGGAGUAAUACUUUAAUAAGUUAUGGAAGGAUCAUUUACCUUCAGCUCGUCUUAGCUACCUGAUAUUUUACCACCUUUCCACACAGGAUUCCAAUGUCACUAUUCUAUAGUCAAGAAACAUACAGAAAAUAUGAUAACACUUUUUCACCACCGUAUAUUUUAAGCUUUCAUUUCAUUCCAAUACAUUAGAACAUAAAUAUGCUGAUCCUUUUACUAUCAUAGCAAAAUUCGAUUCUGUUGCCUAGGAUUAUCAAAAUCCUUCUAAAUCCUCCUGGUAUUUCAAAUUUCCAUUAAAGAUAUAGGUUACCGUUCCUGCUUACUCAUGCUCUGAUCUGAUUUGACAAUACUGAAGAAUAUGAUUUGCAGAAGUAAUUGGAUUCUUUUUUGGAGAUCUAGAAUUCUGGAAUAUCUCAUGCUUUAGAAAGGGAACAGCACCUAGAAUCGUUCCUGGGACCUGAUUUCUCUUGUGGAUGCCCCAAUUUGUGUCAGGGCCUUCUGUAGAACACUUCCUGAGAAGUUGGUCCCAUGCAACCUCUGGAGUUGGCAUCGUAGUAGGGGUACUGUUAGAAAACCUAUUCUACUUUAAUCCACUGGGUAGUGCUUAGGUCAGUUAUAAGGCUGUAGCAUCCAUUUUGAUGUGCUCUAACUCUACAGUGAUGAAAGAUAUAAAACUGGUUCAGAACACUCCUGUGACGGAGUUCCUAUACUCCAACUGAGUACCUCUGCCCAGUCUGCUCUCUAGCCUCUUUGCUGAGGCUUCACUGCGGUCCCUCUGGAGCUUUUCCACCCGACCAUCGCUUUUUUCAGGCAGGUGUUGUCGUUUCUGCCUAUUCCACUGCAGCCCUUCUUCCAGGGAGGUAUCUACCUCUGCCUGCAAUGUGUUCGAUUGCCUUUACAAAGGCACUUGCGGCUCUCAGGCCUAGAUCUUUUAAUUUUUCCCAAAGGAACUAACAUGCAAUACUCUGGAAUAGCCUACAUGCUCCUUACAUCAAACUUGCUGUGACAACUCAACAAAAUACAAAUAACCAAAUUGUAUCAGAAAACAUACAGAAACAUAUAAUAACAUAUUUAUAAAGCAGUGGGGAAGACCAUAUUUAACACAAAAUAUCUCUCCUGUCUGCAGAAUUAGCAAUAUGCUAAUCUACCUGAAUAUGCAAAUUAACAAGCAUUGCUAUUCAGGUAGUGCAUAUUGCUGGCUGUUGCUACUAACAGAGGGCACUACACGGGCUCCAUAGCCAAAUCCACCUACAUAAAUAGUCUGUCUGAAGCUCCUGGUGAUGGUGACUAACAAGAUAGUCUAGCUUUUGAGACCUUGCCUCUCGUAGCAACAUGUUAGGCUCACUCAUGCAAGGCGCCGGUUUUACAGUUGAUGGCCACAAACCCUGAACCUGGGGCCGUGUUGAGAGGAGUGCUGGGAUUUCAGACUGCUUUGCUGUAGAAGUUCUUUGCACAUUUAGACCAUUAAUAUAUAUCUCUGCACAUACUGUGAAGUAUAACUGCUCCAGGCUACUCAUUCUUCGUUAUCCUACCAUAGCCAGCUCUUGGACCUCUGGUUCUAGGCUUGAAACCGAAUUCAUCUUGAUUUUGUAUUAACGUAUUUGGUAUCUUGCUUGCAGAUAUGUCAUAUGUAUUCCCUGAAUUCGGAACUCCUUACCUACAAAAUUUGUCCAUCUUUCCACCAGAUAAUUGUUACAAUGAUAAUAAAAAUUAUUUAUUUUAAUUUGACAAUUUUUUAUUACGUUUCCAGGGGUACAGAGAAAAAAAAAAGGGACGAUAAGGGGUGAAAGGAAAAUAUAACCAUAAAUAUUGAGCAUGGUAAUUGAUGUCAUCAGUGCACAUUGGGCGCUGAUUGUCAAAAACAUCCAUAGCAAAGCAUACAUUUUACAUUAGAGUAGAAACCGUGGAGUAUAGUCGUACGGCCUGAGUUACAAAUCUUGGAUAUCUGAUAUUAUGCCCUCUGAUGUGCAGGGGGGUAAAAGGGUAAGGGGGAAACAGAGACAACAACGAAAAUAACAAUAAAUAGUCGUAUACAUGUACCUAUUGCAAUAAAAAGUGAGGAAUAUAACCAGUGUUCCAAAGUCAAUGUGCUAUCGUUUGUCUACGUAGGGGGGAGGGAGCAAUGCAGUUCAGGUGCUUUCUGUAAGGGCCUUGGUGGACGUGUUGGGCAUAAUAUGUCCUAAUAUAAGGGAGUAUAUGGGGAGCUAUAGGACUUGUGAGGAUGUGUCUGGGGCUGACUGCCAAUGGUCCGGUCAGGGCCUCCAUAUAUUGGUAUAGUUCCGAACAAGUCCCCUUGCCCCCCCAGUUCUUUAUAACCUUCGUAUCGUCUACCCGACUAACCCAAUGCUCCACAGUCGGGGAUUGCGAUUGUUUCCAGAGAGUGGGGAUUAAAGCAUUGGCUUCAUUGAUCAAAGUAAAGAACACUUCUAACCACUUUAAAGUGCAGUGCGUGUGUAACAAUAAAUGAAAUGGUAAUUACCCCUUUCAUAUAAAAUUGGUCGAUAUAAUAAAGAAUUCCUCUAUAUCCUCAAAAUGUUAAGAUAAAAUAGAAAAAUAUUUACAAAGAGAAAAAAGAAAACUCAUAUGGUAGUAAGGUAUAAACCCCCAAAAGAGUUUAAGGUUACAAAAGGACUGCAAUUUCAAGCUCCUCAAUGCAAUCUCGAUUUUAUGUUGACAGCUGAAUAGCACAUGCGAGGAAACAAAAGUGAAAAUAGAGUGCAACACAGUAAAUGUAUCAAAACAUGCACUUUAUUCGAUUGCACUCACAGGAUAAAAAUGUAUGAAAAGCCCAUCAACAAAUGGUCCUGAGUCCACCAAAUCUUGUCCCAGGAUAAGUGGUGUCCUGGUCCAAUAUGUAGAUAAGAUAAAUAGGAGAGCAAAAUAAAGUAUACAUUAAAACAAUAUAAUCAGCACAGCUCACGUGCCAUUCAGCCGUCAACAUGAAAUCAACAUUACAUUAAUGAGCUAGAAAUUGCAGUCCUUUUGUGAGUGUAACCUUGAAAACCCUCUUUUUAAUGUUUAUACCUUACUACCCGAUGAGUCUUCUUUUUUCAUUGAUCAAAAAACAGAAUCAUUUUUGUUGUGCUAGGUCAGGGAAGGUGCGAGGCCAGCCUAGUAGUGUUUGGGAUGAGGUAGGGUUAGUAUUGACUUAACGAGCUCUAUAACCUGUGAGCAGAAUGGCUGUAUAGUUAGUGCCACCACAUGUGUUAUAGGGUACCCUCUUCCAAGCUGCAUCUCCAGUAGAAACUCUCUAUAUUUGGGAAACGUUUCUGGAGUUGAGCUGGGGUUCUAUACCAUCUAUAGAUUCACUUGUAAAAUCUUUCCCUUGUAUUUAGGCUGAUUGGUGUAUUCAGCAUUUUUUGGAGAAUGUGUGACCAUAUGGAGAGAAGCGGCCCAGGUCUUUUGGAAUGGCGUGAGAGCCUGCCCUGGUGAAUCAGCUUUUAGAGUUUAGAUAGAGAUCGAAGUGGGUGAUAAAGAUGCUCACAGGGUGUCAAGUCCCUUGGUUCCCAAUGGGGUAAUAUUUCCUUCUUGGAUAAAAAUGAUUUAAAGUGAGUGGUUCAAAUUUAGAUUUAGGGUGUUUUUCUGCGGGAUUAAAAUAGUAAACAUAUACCUGUAAGAGAGAGCUGUGUAAGAAAUAACAACCCUCUUACAAGGUAAUUCUUUAGGGAAUGUGGUCAAAUAAAACACACAGAAAAGUGUAUGUAAAAAUAACAAAUAUAUCGAUAUCGGUUGUUAAAUUAGGUUACAUUGUAUUAAUACAUAGACCCUGAACACAAGCAGCCACAGAGCUCUAGAAACCAUUACCAGACCACAGCAUAGAAGCUACUGACAAAGUAAUUAAUUCCGAAGGCUUUUAUGACGAGAGAUGAAUGGAGUUAAUCAGUAAGGUGAAUGAUGCUUUAUUUAUGCACAUAGGUAGCUCCAUCUGUGUACUUUCAUUAAUGGAGCUAUUGAGGACUGCUGAACUACAUGUGCCAUAAACAUGUGCUGGGCAGGUAACUGUGUUGCUGUCAGGGUUAGUGUAUAACAAUGAGAACUGUAAAACAAAGUAUUUUUAUUAUAGUUUCAAAAGACAGACAAAUCUUUCAUGUCAACGAUGCAAAUGUCAUGUGGAACACUAGUUAAGCAAAACAUUAACUUUAUGCCUGGAUGUAGAAUGUCCAUCCGACAACUGCAUAAAGCAAAACCAGGCAUAGGAAUAAUGGACUGUUACUCUGUUGGAGCCCAGUGUAGACUUGUACACAAUGUACGGACAUGCUUCUCUGUAGAUGAUUACAUCCCUAGGUGAAUGCUACUAUGCAAAAGGUGUGAUUUAUUACUUGAGGUUAUUUGAAGGAACAAUAUAGUGUUAGGAAUAUAAAUAAGUAUUCCUAAUGCUAAAUUGUUCUACUUCCUAUUUAGAUUCAAGACCUGCCUAAAAUAUAUAUAUAUAUUUUUAAAGGGGUUUUACCCACCCUUUUUCCAGUGCCCAGACUCACUCUGUGCAUCCACCCGACCCGCCUCCAGUUCCCGUAAUCUCGGAGGCAGUCUCCACUUUGUCUUCUCGUGUAAUCCAAUGCUUCUCACCAAGACGUACUGGGGACAAGAAGCGUAUUUUUCUCUGUAAUAAGCAUUUGGCGUUGUAGAACGCCCUCCUGCACUUUGCGAAGACACGUCUAAUAUCUGAGUCUUAUUUGGUCGUUGCAGUAAAAACACCCUUUAUCGGUUGUCAAAAAGGGGGGGGUGCCAUGACCCUGGUCUGGGGACUGUGUGAGCUGUACGGCCGCACAGUGGCCCCAUGGUAGUUAGGAUGACGGGCGGCCAGAACAGCUCACACACGCUAAGAGCAGCUGAACUGGCCGCAAGGAGGUAAAGGGCGGGGAUAAUCAGAAUUGGGGCAGAGCCUAACCGGCAGUGGGGGUGGGGCUUAAGACAGCCCUUACCCGCUGCUGUUACUGCUGCACAUGGAGGUGCAGCAAGAUGGAAUCCCUGCUUCUUCACAGGCUUCAGGGAAGGACUUCAGUGAAUCCACUCCUCAUCCAUCCCACUGUCUGUAAGUAAGAGUGUGUGACUGUGUGUGUAAAACUGUCUGCCUGUAACUUUGUAUGUGUAUGUGUGUGAGACUGUCUGUCUGUAACUGUGUGUGUGUAACUGUCUGCCUGUGACUGUGUGUGUGAGUGACUGUAUAUGUGCGUGACUGUCUGGCUAUGACUGUGGGUGACUACCUGUAACUGUCUGCCUAUAACUGUGUGUGACUGCAUGUGACUAUGUAUGUGUGACUGUCUGCCUGUGACUGUUUGAUGUUGCCUGUAACCAUGUGUGUGACUGUCUGUGACUGUGUGCUUGUGACUGUCUGCUGCUGCUAUGUGUGUGUCAAUGUAAAUGUGACUGUCUGCCUGUAACUGUGUGCAUGACUGUCUGCAUGUGACUGUGUGUGUGUGUGACUGUCUGCCUGUAAAUGUGUGUGUGUGGAGCUGCAGGGAUUUUGUAGAAGGGGGAAGGGGUUUUGUAUUGGGACAGGAGUCUUUAUAAGGGGGAUAAGCAGGGGAUUUGUGGAAGUGGGUUGCGGGGGUUUGUAGAAGGGGGCUUACAGGGGUUUUGUAGGAGGGGCGGGGCAGGACAAUGUUUUUGUAGGAGGGGCUGACAGCGGUUUUGCAAAGUUUACAAAUUUUUUUUUUUUACAGGUUUUUUUUUUGGGGGGGAGGUGGUGGACGUGAGGGGGUGCCAAGCACAGCAUCCGCCCUGGGUGCCAAAUGCUCUAGGUACGCCUCUGCCAGUAGGGAUGUGUUUUACAUUGCAUAACCAAAACUACAGAGCUACUGCACCCAGACCACUUCAUUGAGGGGAAAAAACUAUACUGGUCCUUUAACCCCUUAAGGACCAAACUUCUGGAAUAAAAGGGAAUCAUGACAUGUCAGGUGUCCUUAAGGGGUUAAUAUAGUGGUUCUUUUAUUUGUAUACAUCAGGAAUAAGGUUGCAACAACAAUCAAAUAGUCAUUGUUUUCAUUUUUAUUGCAGAACCCAUGAAUUUUGUGGACGAGCUACUCAAGAAGCCUUUCCAAAAUAUGACAUUUCAGGAGAGGCUAGAAGUGAAGAGGUUGGGUCCUCACCAACCACACAUUGUCAUCAAGCAAUCUUCAAAAGAACGAGGAAAAGAAAUUAACCGCAAGUUUAGCCAGCAGUGGUUUGAGAAGAAGAAAUGGCUUUGUGCAAGCAUUUCCAAAUCUGCCUUAUUUUGUUUUCCGUGCCUGUUAUUUGGUGGCGAUGCUCCCUGGACCAAAUCGGGAGUCACAGAUAUCAAACAUUUGCCUGACAAAAUUAAGAAGCAUGAAGCCUGCACAACACACAUAGAAAAUUGUCUAAAGCUUGGAACUUUUGGAACAGUGGAUAUUGGAACCCAGGUGAAUAGAACCUUUCUCAUAAGCAUUAGAAAGCACAAUGAAGAGGUGGACCGGAACCGACACAUUCUUUCAAAGCUUAUAGAUUGCAUACGUUUCUGUGGUGCUUUUGAAUUGUCAUUAUGUGGCACUGAAAAAUCUGAAUGGUCUUCAAAGAAUGGGGUAUAUUUGGAGUUGGUGGAUUUUGUUGCUUGUAUAGAUACUGCAAUGGAACAACAUUUGAAAACAUCAGCUGUCUUUAAAGGCAUCUUUAAAACUAUCCAGAAUGAGCUACUGGACUGCAUGUUUGAUGUGAUCAGGCAAGUCAUUCUACAAGAAAUUAAAGAGGCAGAGUUCAUUGCAGUGCAGGUCAAUGAGAUAACAAAUAUGGUAAUAAGGACCCAGUCAGCUUUAGUGUAUCGGUAUAUUCAUAAAAACAAAGUCAUAGAAAGAUUUUUUGGCUUCACAGCUCUGGAAGGGUCUUAUGCGGAAACAACUGCUGCAUCUGUGCUGGAAAAUCUAACCAUGGUUUUUCCAGAGCCAAAUGACAAGAAAAGGUUAAUAGCACAAAGUUAUGAUGGAAUUAGUAUGAGGCAUGGUGAAUCUGGAGGAUUGCAAACAAAGGUAAAGGACAUAUACCCAAAUGCUCAUUAUGUACACUGUUAUGCACACCAAUUAGAAUUUAUUAUUCAGCAAGUGGCAUCCAAAAUCACACCAGUGCGAGUAUUUUUUUGUGGCUUAUCAGCUAUGGCAGCUUAUUUUUCACAGUCUCAGCAGAAGACAGCCGUGCUUAACGAAGUAUUAGGGAGCCGACGUCCAAGAGUUGCAUCUGUACGUUUGAACUUUAACAUAAGGACAGUGAAUGUCGUCUUUGAACUCAAACAAGAUCUUAUCGAUUGUUUCAAAGCAAUAUUGUCUUGUGCACAGCACUUUGAUACGGCAUCUGUCAGUGAGGCCAAAUCCUACGCCAGGUUACUUGAAGAUCGAGAAUUCCUAUACUUCCUUUAUUUGUUUUGUGACAUUAUGACAUAUGUUGAUUUACUUUACAGUCAACUCCAGAGAAGGGACAUAGAUAAUGUUUUAAUUAGUAAAGUGACCUCCGAUUUUACCAGCAGCAUACAGAAGAUUUCUGACUCUAUUGAGAGUAUAGAAGGAAGACUGCCAGAGGUUUCAGCGCAUGUCCAGCAUAGUAGGGAAGACAUUGCCACCUUAAAUCAAAUAGGAAAGCUUGUGUGUGAUAUUGUAAUUGCUCAUGUAAAGGAACGUUUUGCUUUUUCCAGCCACCUUGUGAGCGCCACUCUAUUUGCACCUGAAUUAUUUGACAAGUAUCUACUUCGAUUUCCUUUUAAAACACUGGACGAGACUGUGAACAAAUAUCCAAUGCUUAAUAAGGAAAAGUUGCGCACGGAGCUGGAUAUUAUCUACAGGAACAGAAAGUUUCAUUGCUGCAGUGGAGCUGUGGAUCUUUUUUUAUUUCUAGUUAGAAAUAACAUUGACGACGCUUUUUCAGAGACCUGCACACUGUUAAAAAUUUUAAUUACAACCCCAAUGACCACGUCAGAACCCGUGAGAUGUUUCCCCACAUUAAAAAAGAUAAAAACAUUUUUGAGAAGCGCUGUGACUGAGGAUAGGUUGAAUGCAUUGGCGAUGCUCGCUAUUGAAAAACAGCUAAUCAAUGACAUCCCACAAUUUAACAACCAAAUUAUAGAGAAAUUUGCUGCUUCAAAAAGUUACGGGGCACAUUUCACGUACAAAUCAUGUUGA